UAAAGGUUGACCAGCUCACCGCUUGUAUCCGUUCCGCUUGAGAUUUUUAACUAGGCCGAAGCCCACCUAUAUGGAACCCUGAACCGCCUCGGAUAGACGUAUGCCACUUGGCCGUUCUCACUUGGGCGGCUAACAACGAACAUUACCGGUAGCCUUGCAUUAUCCACGACCCACCUCCAAAGUAUUCACCGUCGAUAACGACAUACCCUCCCGAGUCUGCGCGUACACGUUCCCCCGAUCGUAACUUUCCUUGCCCUCCCGGGCGUGUAGAACAUCAUGGCUCUUCCGGCUUCAGGUGCCACCGCUGGAGAAAAUGGAGAAGGCAGUAAACCAGGCUUCAUCCCCCUGGUGACAGUUGUAGAUUUCCACCAUCACAGAGGUCCUGAAGUAGAAAGAUGGUUCGGCGUGGAAGAAGGACAGGAUCCCGCGGCCGACUAUGACUGGGCGUUACUCCCGUUCAUGGCUUUAAGUGACGGGGCUCACGCAUCGACCGAAGACUUCUCGUACUUUACUCUCCUUCGACCGGCUACGGACGAUUCCCCCGCUACAUCUCUUUUUGGUAUAUCGUGUACAAGACAGUUAGACGCCUCACAAUUACUCGUUCGGCCGUCCGAUGUGACGCGUUCGACAGUUCAAAAGGCGGUCGUGGUAAUAGCAGACAGCCCGCAGUUUUUUGGUAUGCUGAGGGAACGAUUAUCUGUUGUCACCAACGCAUGGUUCGCCCAGCGUGAGUUCAGUGACACCGAGAUCCUACGAAGAUUUCAGGAGAGCCUUGCGGACGAAAAGGCUCGCGGUCAGCUCAACGAGGAGGUAGACCGGGAUCAAUACUUAGGAAUGAGUCUCCGGGAACUUGUACGGGAAUUCCGCUGGCAGACUCUUGUGCUUUUGAAAUGCUGCCUCUUGCAGCCGAAGAUGCUUUUCUUCGGCUCGCGAUGUGAACGCCUAUGCAUGAUGCAAUUUUCUCUCAUAUCCUUAAUACCUGGUUUACUUAGAAAUCUUCAGGAUUGUGCAGGGCCGGACCUAAACAAUUAUGAGAAGAAUCUAAGCCAACCUACGAGUCUGAGGACUAGUGACCGAAACUCGCUGCUCUCAUAUAUGGGGUUACCCCUCCAAAUAUUUGGCAAGGGGAGUCUAUUCGGGCCGUACACACCCUUACAGCAAUUAGAUAUCCUUGCGGACUUCGGUACCAAAUCAUACAUAGUUGGCAGCACAAACUCAUUAUUAUUACAGCAAAGGGAUCGAUACAGCGAUAUACUAAUCAACCUGGACGAAAAUAUGAUUAAUAUUACUUCUACUUCACUUCGCACGGCAUUGGUACUUUCCCAUUCUGAUCGACGGUGGAUUGAUUUCAUCACACAGGAAGUCAAUGACACCUGGGAUGAGUCCAAUCCAGGCCGUCCGAAGACGAUGGGGUACCGCGGUAGCGAAGAAUUCAUCCGACUUCAAUUUGAAGAAUACCUCCUAUCUCUCAUCUCAUCUGUCAAAUACCACAACCAUCUCACCAAGAAUGCCCACAAUCCCAAGGCACUCCUUCCUUACAUUGAGGGAGACCCAUCUCUAGAUUUUAGUAGCGAAUGGGUUGAAUAUUGGAUGAGAACCGAAAAUUACCGACUAUGGGACUCACAUACUGAUGGGCACUUGUUUGAUAUUGUUGAGCCAAGACAUCCCUGUGCUGGUGGACUUACGAUGGAAGAUGUUCAACGUCGGAUCCAGCAACAAGUACAAGACUUACAUCUUGAUGAAAGAUUUGCUGUCGGCCGCGAGGUGUUGGGUAGAAAUCUGGCGGCAGGACGCGACAAGGCAAGCCUUAUCUUCAAUAAACUAUACGCUGAUAUGGAAGCUCUUCGUGAAGCGCAAAGGAAACGCGCCGAAGAAGCUCAAUUGGCGCAAAGUGCUGCAGAGAAGAAUGGUUCUGCGACACCUAGCGUGGAUGGGUCAAAACCGCAACCGGCGGCCAGUUCUGUUGGUGCAAGAGCCGGUGCAUACAUCGGAAGUUGGACUUCAUGGGCCGACCAAAAGCGGAAGCAAGGCUGGGGUCGAUCCAGUGCUAGUUCUACUGCAACAGGAGGCGGUGGAUGGGGUUUUGGUGGUAAUCGUAAAUCGAGAUCCGGUAAUACGGAUUCUAGCAGCGAGAAGAACGGCACACCACUCAGCAGCCCUGCUCUUUCCUCACCAGGAUUCCCCACAACCGAGAAGAUUCAGAUGUCAAGUGUACACCGAGCCAGUGAAGGAGCUGAUAGGCCAGUUACACAAGAUAGCUUUGAUGAGAGCGUAUUAGACGCCGCUGGGUCAACGGACGAAAGUGGACCUUCUAGCCCAGAAAGCCCCCGGAAGAAAACGUUCCCAGGAGAGCAUAGCAAGAAUAUAGAGGCGAGAUUAGACGAAGAUGGGCAUGAUGAUGUCGUUGGGGUAGCUCCCAACGGCAAAGCCGAAUCCAAACCAGAGGAGCCGAAGGUAGCCGAACCUGCUACGUAGUAUGUGCUACCAGCAUGGCACGGAAUGCGAUCGCGUGGGACGAUGGGGGAGCACAAUGUACGACAAGCAUUGAUUGGAUGAGAAAUGUAUAUACCUAACACAGCAGUCAACAGAAAGCUUAACGGGGCGGUAAGGAUAGGAGCAUGAUACGACAUUACACAGCUAGUACUAG